AUGCACGAGACCACUGUGUCGACGCCGCCGCCAUUGAGACCUCUGCCUUCUGUUCCCCUCGACCAGGAGCCCUACGCCGCCACAUAUAAUUCCCACCAUCGCAAGCCCGCGCCACCCGCCGCCGCCGCGCGACUCCCUUCCAUACCCUCGCUCAACUUUGACAGCCAUGAUGAGACAAUAACCGGAGGCCGUGAUUCCAGACAGUCAGGCUCCUCCCUGGCUCAGAGUUCUGACGGCCAUUCAAGAACUCCGUCAAGAGACGCCUCAGAGUCGGGCGACGCCCGCUAUUCCCUAGGCCCAAUCCCACCCACCCAAGACACGCCCUUCCGACAGGUGCACACCAACGACGGCUCGUACGGGAAUCGAUACUCUCACACCGCCGCCAUGGAAGUUGCCACCGCACAGGAUGAGCUCGGUCAUGUGUACACGCCCCGAGAGCAGUACCAGUCUGGCCGCCUCCCAGACCACCCGACCCCGCCUCCCGCCACACAUUCAUCCCGGGAAACGGCGCAAUCGCCUCACUCUGGCUCGCAGCAUUCCUCAAACAGCAAUAGCAUACGCCAUCUGCGUGUCCACAGUUACGGUCAAGAAGGCCCGUUGCAAGUUCCGCGCACCACGGUCCCCAGGCCUAGCUCCGCAUAUACUCUAGGCUCCGAGCUCAACGGACGAAACCGUCAAGAGUCCAAUGGUUCCCCGAACCACUAUGCCCGCCAGUUCUCAGGAACCCGCCGCUCACCAGACGUGCGACCGGAAUCUUCGUACAUUGACUUGACCAAUCUUCCAUACAACCAGCAGAUUGCGCCCGUGGCCAACUUUGGCAAUACGGGCCUGCGAGGCGUUGUGGGGCAGAAUGCUUCGCUGCUCGACGAGAAGAAGACGCUGGAAAUGUACCGGGCCAACGUCAAGAAAACCCAAGACAGUGCAGUGCAAUACGAGUUUGCCUUGUUCAUGAUCCAGGUUGCGCGCGAGGUCAUGGCGACAGAGGGCGCCAGCAACGACCACGGCAUGUCCUCGAUCGAUCUGCUUAAGGAAGCGCGGCAAAUCCUCCAAAAACUCGCCGACCGCAGCUAUCCGUUUGCGCAAUACUAUCUUGCAGAUGGAUAUGCGUCAGGCCUGUUUAACAAGGACAAGCCCGACCAUGAUCGGGCCUUCCCCUUGUUCGUGGCUGCCAGUAAGCACGGGCACGCUGAGUCUGGCUUCCGUACGGCUCUCUGCUACGAGUUUGGGUGGGGUUGUCGUAAAGACUACGCCAAGGCUGUGCAGUUCUACCGUGCCGCUGCAUCGAAAAAUCACCCUGGGGCCGCGACGCGUCUUGGCAAGGCUUGUUUGACGGGCGAUAUGGGGCUUCAGAACAAGUAUCGGGAGGGUGUCAAGUGGCUCAAGCGAGCCUCGGAGUCGGCUGACUUUCAGUACAACGUGGCUCCUUACGAGCUGGGCUUACUGCACGAGACUGGCUACGGCGACGACAUCUUCAAGGACGAAGUCUAUGCGGUGCAGUUAUUCACGCAAGCAGCAGAGCUCGGCCACCCACUGGCUGCUCUGAAGCUCGGAGAGGCCUAUGAGCACGGCCUGUUGCGAUGCCCCAAGGAUGCUGCACUCUCGGUACACUACUACAACUGCGCCGCGCAAGCCGAAAUUCCCGAGGCCAUGAUGAACCUCUGCGCCUGGUGUCUGGUUGGUGCCGAGCCGGUCCUGGAGAAGGACGAGAACGAGGCGUACGAAUGGGCAAAGAAGGCUGCCGGGCAUGGUCUUCCAAAAGCAGAAUAUGCGUGUGGAUACUUUACCGAAAUGGGCAUUGGCUGUCGACGAGACCCUCUGGAAGCCAAUGUCUGGUAUGUCAAAGCUGCCGAUUCCGGAGACGAAAGAGCCAAGCAGCGCCUCGCAAUCAUCCAAGCUGCAGCAUCUGGGCAACCUCCGCCUCAAGUUCGGCCGCAACCGCAGCGGCAGAGUUCCGGAAACUCGAAUGACAAGAGCAAACUCCGCAAAGAGAAGGGCGGGAAAGAAUCCAAGGACAAGGAUGAAAACUGUGUGGUUAUGUAA